AAUGUCACCUAUGUGCACUGAACGUUGUUUUAUCUUCGUUAUUUACUGAAAGUUGAACAAAGAUAGAACGACGCUCGUGUGCACACGGAUGACGUUCUCGAACACACCCCAGCUAUGCUAAUUUGUGUGCGAUAGGUAGAGCUAGGUUAUAUAUACCUCUUGAAUAAUUUUUGAAAAAGUUUAGUUGAAAUUUGAAAAUGACUUUACGAAAUAAAAAAGCUCGGAGAAAUCUUGGAUUUUAUGUAAAUAAUUACAAAUUUCGUCAACCAUUUCAAAUUCUUAUUGAUGGUACGUUUGCAUUCGCGGCAUUACAGAACAAAUUCAACAUACAGGAGCAACUUAAAAAAUACUUUCAGUCUGAAUUAAAGCUAUUGACAACACCAUGUAUCAUUUCUGAAACUGAAAAACUUAACAUUAAUGGUGCCACACAAAUAGUGAAACAAUAUGCUGUACAUAAAUGUGGACAUGAAAAGAAAUCAAUAAGCGGUUCAAAAUGUUUACUAUCUAUGAUACGAAAAAAUAAUAGUUCAAGAUAUAUUAUUGCAACACAAGAUCGAGAGCUUCAAGAUAAGUUGAGGCUAAUUCCAGGAGUUCCUUUAAUUUAUUUACAUGGAAAAACGCCUACACUAGAAUCUCCUUCGGAAGCAAGUCGUAAAUGCGCAGAAGUUAUGCAAAAAGAUUUAGGUAUGACUACUUGGCAAAAAGAAAAUAUAAAAGUAUUACAAGAGCAAGUGGGAAUAGUGCAAGAAAAAUAUGAUAAAUUAAAGAAAAGGAAGAAAAUUGGAGGACCAAAUCCACUUAGUUGUUUGAAAAAAAAGAAAAAACCAGAAAUAAUAUCGAGCAAAAACGGUACAAAAUCUGGUAAAAUCAGAAAAAGAAAGAUUAAAAUAGCACCACACAUUAAAGAGGCUUUAGUAACAGAAUUGAAGAAUAAACGUAGGGCAUAGAACUGUAUAGGAAUCAUGCAAAUUUUGAACAAUCCAUGAAUAUAAUAUACAGGAAGUAAAUAUGUUAAAAAAAAAAAAAAAUCAUGUGAUAAUUGAAAAAAACAAGAAAAAAAUACUUCAUUAUAUACAAGAUACAAUAUUUGUUGUAUCUGUAUGUUGAUGUAAGAAAAUAAAGCAUUUAUUUAAA